AUGGCAAAUACUGGGGUCGAGGAACUCUCAGAGCUGAAGAAGAAUAUCAAUGACGUCUUCAUCUUGACGAACGGAAUCAUCGUCUGCUUGAUGCAGUGCGGGUUUGCAUGCCUAGAGGCUGGAGCAGUACGUUCAAAAAACACGACCAACAUCAUUAUGAAGAACUUCAUGGACAUUCAUCAGUGCCCUGUGCUACUGGCUGGUAGGAUACGCCCUGGCACAUGGAGAAGGCAACCCGUUCGUGGGACACACGUACUGGGCCGGCGUUGGAAUCCAGGGGCAUCAGAUGGCUCAUUGGUUCUUCCAAUUCGUGUUUGCCGCAUCGUCUCCGGGGCAGUUGCCGAGAGGUGCCACUUUGUUGCCUACGUCACCUACAGUGCAGUUAUAUCAGGCUUAGUGUACCCUGUGGUAAGCCGCUGGGUGUGGGCAGAAGAAGGAUGGCUGAACCAAAUGGGAUACAGAGAUUUCUCAGGCUGUGGACCUAUCCACCUUCUCGGUGGAACGUGUUCUCUGUUUGGAGCCGCUUUCCUGGGCCCUCGACUGGGACGUUUUAGCAGCAAGGCGGAGGAUUCUCAAGAGAUACCAGGACAUUCCGUGCCGCUGACUGGUCUGGGGGGCAUGAUCCUGGUAGCAGGGUUCCUGGCGUUUAACGGUGGCACGCUGGGGUCAAUGACGAGACCCGGAGAGAGUGAGCUGAUCGCCCGGGUGAUCAUCAACACGGUGAUGGGUGGCACAGGAGGAAGCAUAACGGUCAUGUUGGCGAGCAAAUUGGGUCUGAACGGGGUCCCCAGCUGGAGCUUCUUGAGUACGUUAAACGGGGCCUUCAUCGGCAUGGUGUCAGUGUGCGCGGGUGUCAACGAGAUGAACAUGUGGGAGUGUUUUGUGUCUGGGAUGAUUGCUGGUCCAAUCUACAUGAUAAUCCACUACGUUGUUCUGUGGUGUAAAAGUAAGUAUGAAAUGACGUUCAUUACGUUUAGUACACGGUUUCUUGCUACAGUAAUACAAAAAUGUAAAUUUGUCUCUGUAUGGACACAUGCGAAGACGAGUUUAAACUCCAUGCAUUCACUAAAACACAAGAAUAUGAAACAACAAGUAACAUUUAUGACCAAUAAAUGCAGCAAAUGA